AUGAGUCGCGACUAUGUCUUCAGGGGUCCCGACGCAGGGGUGGCGGCCGGGAACGGGGCGGACUCCUCGGAGGAUGGGAACGGGGGAAGCGGCUUCGAGUCGCUCCACGAUGAGAUCGUCGUGCUCGUCCGGCAGGGACACGUAGGUGGCGUGGGAAGAGUCGGAGACCUUGAGGUAAAACCCUUGGUUGGGGAAAAGCUCGCCGCCGGAGGCCAGUGCGGGGACGAUGCUGACGACCUGCAAGACGCAGGAGCGGUGCUCCCCGGCGACUUUCACCUCCGUGUUCAUCAAAACUCCGGGGACCAAACUCGCCAUUUUAUGUUUGUUCACCGACGCUUUAGCGAAAAAUCCGGUUACGAGGAUGAACAGCGCGUCACAUCGGAAUCAGAUGCAUUUGUGGGGAAAAAGAAAAUGAAAAAGAAAAUCCCAAGUCCGAUUAGCGGAAAUCAGCAGAUCCGAAGGUUGCACAUGGAUGAGAGAAAGAGAGAGAGAGAGAGAGAGAGAUGGGGCUGGCAAUUGGCAUAUUGUCCAAAGGUUGGUGAUGGUCACUUCGGGUCAUCCAAUGGUUUUUGUGUGUUUUCUUGCGUUUGCCCUUGUUUUCUUGUUUUGCCGAUUGUUGGUGAUUUCAGGGUGUGGCCGGGAGUUGAACAGAUCAGAGAGGAAGUCCCCGUCCCCAGUGUCCGAGAUUCGCAUGUAACCUCGUUGGACCCAUUAGCGCAAGAAUCAACUUUUUACCUCGGGCGGAACCCGAGGAACGAGAAUUUCCCUUUAAGAUCAACCGAGAGUGGUCAAACACUUCUAGUCAUCGCGCUGCGACAGCACCUGGACUCGCGGCGCGCCAAGCUUUGCGCCCGCGUCACGAUGGGAGAGACUAGUGCCCUUCCAAAGCGUCUACGCCGCGAUGGCCCUCGCGUCGCAACAUCGCACAAGGAUCGCGGCGCACCUAGUCCCACGCAGUCGCUUGUGCCCGUUAUUUCAGUACCGGCGUUGCGCAACGGGCCUCAUGCCGCGACACUCUGA